AUGGUCCCUCCACCGCUGCCACAUCAAUUACCGGGCAACCGUAUAGACCCCAAUCUCAACAACGGAUCGGGCUCGGCCUCGGGGCUGCAUUCCCAGCAUCCGAAUGUCCUCCUCGAUCCCCCGGUCCCGAUCCCCAAUUACCUCCACCCGUCCAGUAUUUCCCUCCCCACUCCUCUCCCUUCGAAUACCUCGCUCCCGCUCAACCUUGGCGUCUCCCUCCCGACCACCGCGCCGUCUACAGCACCUCCUUCCCCACGCACAGCCGAAUGGGCUCAGAAUCAGAGCACACACCCCGACCCUCAGAUCGACAAGAACCUAGAUGGAACAGGCUCGUUCACUCGGAAAGGAGGCAGCGGGUCGUCUUACCUGGGACUGUCGAGCGGGGUGACGUUCUUGAACGCGAUUCUAAAGUUGUGCAAGGAGAGAGGAGGGAUCUUUAUCGAUGUGGAGAACACCAUGCCGGGACCGGGAAUGGGCGGUGGACCUGGACCCAUCGAGGGAUCUGGGGAUGGGCCGAAAGGGACGUUGCCGCCAAAGGAAGAGUACAUGCCGUUCGUAGACAGCUACUUUGAAUAUUUCCAUGGGAUCACGCCGAUGGUUCAUGAACCAACGGUCCGGGCGACGUUGACGGGAAAGAUCCCGUUUCCCAAGAACGAUAGUUACCUCGCCUUGAUCUACAUGAUCUUUGCCAUGGGCGCUCUCGAUAGCGUCGCCCAAGAAUCGGACUUUCACGGUCAGACAUACUGCGACAUCGCCCGAGCCAUCCUGAACAAUGAUAUCAUGGAGAGCGGUAGCGUCGAGCUCGUACAGGCUAUCGCUAUCUUGGCGAAUUACUUGCAGAGGAACGACAAGCCGAAUGCAGGGUACCUGUGCCUGGGAGCGGCUGUCAGGAUGGCUAUCGGUAUUGGCCUCCAUGUGCAUGACAAUCACGCCAAGAUGUCACCCCUCGAAGCCGAGAUGCGAAAACGAGUCUGGUGGUCCAUCGCGCUCCUUGAGUCUGGUUGUUCCAAGACCUUUGGCAGGCCCAGUGGUCUCUGUGGUGUCAAUCUAUCACAGAUUCCUCUACCCAGCAACAUUGACGACGAGGACUUGACAUCCUCGUCGGAAAGACUCCCGCCCGGCGUGGCACGCGAGACGCUCUACUCUACCUUGAUAGCGCACAGCAAGCUGGCUCGAGCAACGACGAUCGUGCACACCUCGAUCCUUCAGCUUCAGCCGGCGCCCUCGUUGGAUCAGAUCAAGCAGUACGAUCGCAUGAUUUUGCAGGUCAUCGGGGAGCUGCCAAGCUACAUCACCUACCCCACGGGUCCCGUUCGAAACAACUUCUCGCGGCACGUGUUGCUGUGGAGGCUUCGAGAUUGGCGAGCGACCUUGUUCCGGCCGAUCUUGCUGGCUGCGGCUUUUGACCAAAUCAAGGAGAAGCAUCUGAACCCGGCCAUAGUGGAUGCUAUCUCUAUCUGUCGUUCUUUGGCCGCUGAGAAUUUGAGCGAGAUGGGCGAGUAUAUCAGGGUGGCUCAACUCCGAGGUUCCACUCGGGCCGAAGAGUGGUACUGUAUGUACCUAUCUCAUCAGAGCAGCUUGACCUUGUUGCUUUCGCUGGUUGGCGAGCCGGCACACGUCGAAGCCGAAGCGUGGCGAGGGACCAUUCUCGCCACUGCCACUUGGUUCCGGCAACUCAAAGCGAUGAAGACGGUAUGCUAUGCACCACAAGUCGAGUCUGCAUACCAAGACUGA